UUUCACGCCAAACUUGGCCUGAGUCAUUGACAGAAGAUCUGCAAAAUCCACUGGCGACUGGCAGCUGGAAUAGCAUGAAUUGAGUUGUAUGAUCUGUGAGCGCAAUUACGCACGAUGCGAUUUAGAUUUUUUUUCUUCCUGCAACGCUGACUUCAUUUCAUUAGUCACUUUGCACUUGCAUCCCAGUUAUGAUUAAAUCAGUAUGACUGGCCUCCGAAGACUUUGUUACUGAUCGGUAUCCUAAAAAUAUUUUAUGUGCAAAUAACAUUUACCAAGAUGCAAGUCCGAACUGUCCUGGAAGUUAAAGUUGUUGAUGUACAGAAGAGGCGGAAUCCUUCCAAACAUUAUGUUUACCUCAUCAGUGUCACAUACUCUGACACUGCGUGUCAUGUCAUCUACAGGAGAUACAGCAAGUUCUUUGACCUACAGAUGCAGCUUCUUGACAAAUUCCCAAUUGAGGGAGGACAAAAGGACCCCAAAAAGAGGAUCAUUCCGUUCCUACCAGGUAAAGUCUUAUUCCGCCGGAGUCACAUCAGAGAUGUUGCUGUCAAACGAUUGAGACAUCUGGAUGACUACUGCAGAGCCCUCAUGAAACUUCCUCAACAUAUUUCCCAAAGUGAAGAAGUUCUCAGAUUUUUCGAGACCAACGCUGAAGAUCUCAACCCUCCCAAAGAAGAAUGUGGAGGCUCCUCGAAACGCAAGUCAGGUCUGGACGGCGCGGACCCCAUGCUGCUGGAGCAGUACGUGGUGGUGGCCAACUACGAGAAGCAGGAGAACGCGGAGAUCGGCCUGCAGGUGGGAGAGGUGGUGGACGUGAUUGAGAAGAGCGAGAGCGGCUGGUGGUUUGUGAGCACUGCAGAGGAGCAGGGCUGGGUCCCUGCUACCUACCUGAACUCCCACAGCGGAACACGGGAUGACCUGGAGCUGGGCGCCUCCAGGGCUGGAGAAGUCCCUAAACGCCGUAAGGCCCAUCUGAAGAGGCUGGACCGCAGAUGGACGUUGGGGGGGAUGGUCAGCAGGCAGCAGAGCCGAGAGGAGAAAUAUGUGACGGUCCAGCCGUACUCCAGCCAGGGGAAGGAUGAGAUUGCCUUUGAGAAGGGGGCCAUUGUUGAAGUCAUCCAGAAGAACCUGGAGGGAUGGUGGUUUAUCAGGUACCAGGACAAGGAGGGCUGGGCCCCGGCCUCCUACCUGAAGAAGGUGAAGGAUGACCUUUCACCCCGUAAGAAGACAGUGACAGGACCGGUGGAGAUUAUUGGAAACAUCAUGGAGAUCAGCAACCUGCUCAACAAGAGGACCCUGAGUGAGAGGGACGUGCAGGUGGAGGGCCUGCCUGAGGAGAGUCCCCAGGUGGCCAGGAGGGAGAUCAGUCUGCCCAUGCCCUGCCCUGACUCCUGCCCAGGCCCUGCUCUGCCGGAGAGCAAGGUCAAACCUGAGCCCGCCUCCCCAGCCGUGGCCCGCAUCGCUCCACACAGGAUUGAGAUUGGCUCCCCAAUCCUUAGGCAAAAGCCUCCUCCUCGAAGAGAUGCAACGCUGGGAUUUCAGUUACCUUCUCCUCCAGAGCCCCCUACAGUUGAAGCAGAGUACUACACCAUUGCAGAGUUCCAGUCAGGCAUAGCAGAUGGAAUCAGUUUUAAUGGAGGACAGAAAGCUGAUGUGAUAGAGAAGAACUCAGGGGGUUGGUGGUAUGUCCAGAUAGGAGAGAAGGAGGGCUGGGCUCCCUGCUCCUAUAUCGACAAACGCAAGAAACCCAACCUGAACCGACGAACCAGCACCCUCAGCAGGCCCAAAGUCCCGCCCCCAGCACCGCCGGUCAAGAAGCAGGAUUCCGAAGAGACAGCACCUCCCAGCAGCCCUGGCUCUGAGGCCCCAGAAUCCCCUGUGUCUCCUGGUCGACCAGCAUACGAGGAACCAGAGUACGACGUGCCUGCCAUCGGAGACCUGGACAUGGAGUCUGAGUUUGAGUUCCUGAGGGGAGAUGGCUCCUCGGUGGACGGAAAGAAUGAAGACGCCUCCUCCUCUCACCUGUCCUUCAAGCCCUCCCCAGCCUCCUCUGUCCACAGCGCCUCCUUCAAGAUGGGCGAGUCGUUUGAGGACGUGUCCCAAGAGGCUGAAGAGGAGUCGGAGGCGGUGGAGGAGUGCAUCUAUGAGAAUGACGGAUUCAGGCCCUUCAGAGAGACGUCAUGUACACAUUCCAGUGGUGACUCUGACUCCCCCAAGACAAAUGUCCCUUCAGAGACAAGCAGGCCAGCUCAUUGUCACUCCACCCCAGGGGGCAGGAGAGCGAGCAAGAAGAACCAGUCGGAGCUCAAUGGUAACCAGGUUCCUACCAAGCCUGAGGGAGGAGCCACCAGUCCCAGAGUCGUCUCCUCAGACUCCACCACUGACCUCUCCAAACAGUCCAGGAUGAAGAAAGAAAACAAGGAGGAGAGUAAGAUGGCAAUUACCAAGCCGAAGCCUGUGGUCAGACCCAAACCCCAGCUGGUCAAGAACUCCAGUGCUGAGAAAAUGGACAUCAGCAGUUUGAGAAGACAACUGAGGCCUACGGGGCAGCUGAAAAAUGGCACCUCCAAGGCAACCAAAGGUGAAGACUCCGAGACAGCGUCCGUCAUCUCCUCAGAGGACUCCUUCUCCUCCUACAGCACCUCCGACCUCUCCUCCACCUACUCCAAAGGCAGCCGGGGUGACUCAGACCUCGAGAGCUGCACCCUGUACCGCACCACAGACCCCUACGAGAAGGUCCAGGAGUCUGAGGUGAGCUUCCCGGGCGGGGUGGAGGUGGAGGUCCUGGAGAAGCAGGAGAGUGGCUGGUGGUACAUCCGCUGGGGCGAGGCAGAGGGCUGGGCUCCCACCUACUACCUGGAACCUGUCAGGCAGCCGGACGACGCGGCUGGGUCCGAGUCCGACGGGACCCCCACUAAGCCAGGCAGCCUGAGUAAGUCCAACAGCCUGGAGAAGAACGAGCAGAGGGUCCAGGCCCUUAACAACAUCAACCAGAACCUGAAGCGGAUCACCCCGCCCAUCCCCUCCAAGCCACCAGGGGGGCUAUCGAGGCCCUUGGGCCUGUUCAAUGGCUUUCAGAAGCAGAAGAAUGGGACCAAGCAGCAGUUGAUGGUCCGUCCCCAGUCAGUGUUCAUCUCAGCCCCCAUCAUAGACGCUCCCAGCCCUGUGGGGUCCCUCCGGAGGGGCGAGUCUCUCAACGCCACAGACCAUCCCCGCUCCAGUCCCACUGUCAAGCGCAAUGCCUCCUUCGAUACACCUCCUAGAGCACCUGCACCAAAGGGUAACGCGGCGUCACCCAAUAGGAACAAAUCCAGUAAGGGCAGCUCCGAGUUCUUGGGCCGUGGGCCUCAGAGAAACGACCUCACCACAUCCACAGUGAAGCCCAAACCCAUUGAGAAACACCACAUCAUCCACAACAACCUGAGAGAGCUCUACGUCUCCAUAGCGGAUUACCAUGGCGACGAGGAGACCAUGGGGUUCCCAGAGGGCACCAGUCUGGAAGUUCUAGACCGGAACCCUAACGGUUGGUGGUACUGUCAGGUUCUAGAUAGUGGCAAGCCCAGGAAAGGCUGGGUCCCAUCCAACUACCUGGAGAGAAAGCCAUAGGACUAGACACUUACAGUGGCUAAAGAGGUCGGGUUUGGGCCAGAGACUGAGAAGUUCAAGGUGAAACGUUUUACUAAAGGCAUUAUGAAGGCAUUAUGUUUGAAUAAAAGGUAACAGGAAUUUCCAACCUAGAUAGCAGCCUCUUUCAUAUCUAGCAGCAACAACAGUAUCCCAUAUUAAUUACCACAGAAACCCCCAGUGGAGAACUUUGCUUCUUGAAGAAGACAUUUACAGUUAGAGGUAAGAUGCCUUUACACCGCCCUAUGACUAGAAUUGAGCUAAAAUAAUUGCUAAUAAUAAGAUCCUUAAGUUGAUUUAUGAUAUUUUACUUUUCAGCUUUUUGCAUGUUAUGAAGAUUUGUUCACCAACAAUUUGGCCCUGCUUUACAUAAGCAUUUUCUCAAUGUUUUGUAUUUUAAAGAUACAGUAUGUCAGUCUAUGCUUUUCAUAUUAAGAAACAUCUGCAUGUUUAGAAAUUACGUUUCUUGUGAGGAUUCAUGUUACUUAAUAUUUUUGUAGUUUGUAAUUUUUUUACACCAUCUGGUCUUUUGCAUCUCUUGUACAUCCGAAUCAAUGUUUGAAACCAAUUCUCAGAUGAGCCUAUAUUACACAUUUUCAGUAACGUGUUUGAGAAAUGUACUUGUUUCCCUUCUUGUUGAUACCAAUAUUUGUGUCCUGAGGGACAGCUGCGGGUUGUCUGCCAACCCCGCUGCUCAUCUUCUUUCAUAUGUUCUACAUACAUUUUUGCCCCAGGUUUCAGGAAACAAAUAUUUAUUGAAAGUUAGUGGGGUGAAAUACAGUCAUGAGUUCCUUUGAAGUUGAUUUUUAUACACAAACAAUUUCAACUCAGUCUUAAAGUGCCCCCUUGUGUUUGGAACAUGUUAAAACAGUUUCAAAGUGAACACAUCUUCACCAAUGGGUUUUUAUAAUGCCUGACACAGAUUGCUAUGAAAAAAUCAUUUGAGUCAAAAUAUUUUGAUGCAUGGAUUACAAUUGUGUAGAUAUGCGAUAUGAAAAACUAAUUACCAACAUAUCCUCAGUAACUUCCCUUGACGAGGGCAUUAUGUAAACUUAUACUACCAUAACUGGCAAACCUCAAUUAUUUAAAUGAAAACCAUUCAGUUAUGAUGAAUCAAUCCAAUAAUUACAAAUAAUUUCCAUAUGUGUAAGCAACUAUUCUUUUUUUUCUUCAUUUCUACUUUGGAAAAUGUUUACAGUAUGUAUUUGUAAAACAGUAUGCUGCCUGUUUGUAGAUGGUUUCAGUAGAGCAUAAUGACAAAUUAAGAAUGAUUCAAGUACAUCAUACAACUGAUUAUUGUUCAGUAGGUUUUGUGUUGUAUGAAAUGCUUUAAGAAAUUGAAAUGAGGAAUUGUGCAAUAGGACAGACCCACCAUUUCAGAUUAGAGACAUAUCCUUGAAUCAGCAUCUGACCAGCAUUUAGGAUUCAUACAUGUACUUAUUGUGUUUUUAUUUUAAAGUGUAUAGCUUAAAUGGGCCUCUGGUAUUUGAUAUGUGGUUGAACAUAUCAAAUCUGCAUUCAUUCAUAUCACAAUCAGUAGUCAUGACAAGUCAUCUCACUUCAGUGCACAGCCAUAGACAGCUAAUAAAAGGUUUUUAAACUCAGGUCCUGUUUAUAAGCAGAGUCACUUAAGAACGUAAUCAUAUAUGUUGAACGUAUAUAACCAGAAGCCAGUGUUAUAAUGUUUGGCUAAUUUAUCAAUAGAUAAGAUGGACGCUUUUUGUUAAACUAAUUUCAAAACCACAUUGAAUUAAUGAAGAGAAUGAUAAUUAACUUCAUGCUAGAUUGACCUAAUGACUAAUUAGUCCAGUACUUAUUUGUGUGAAGGUUGAGCAUCUAUGUACAGCUCUUCCAACUCAUGUACAGUCUGCAUUAAAGUGGUUCCCUAUGUCAUACGGUGGGGUAUGCUGACGUAAGAAGAUAUUGUCUUCAACAGAACGAUAUUUACAACCGACAUGAUGAGUUGUGGUCCUCUCUUAGGCUGGUCCCUCCACUGGGCAACUGAGGCUAGACUUCUUCAACUUAGAAGAGAGUUACAGCUGUCUGCUCUGUUAACAGUGUGUGUCUCUGUGCAUGUGUGAUUACCAGUGUGUGUGUGUGUGUGUGUGUGUGUGUGUGUGUGUGUGUGUGUGUGUGUGUGUGUGUGUGUGUGUGUGUGUGUGUGUGUGUGUGUGUGUGUGCGUGUGUGUGUGUGUGCGUGUGUGUCUUUCUGCAUGUGAGAGUGUGUGUGUGUGUCUUCCUGCAUGUCUUAAGAGUUUGUGUGUUUGUGUCCAUUUAAGGGCAUAUGUCUGUACUUGCAUAGGAGAGUGUGUGCAUAGGUUAGUGUUUUCACAGCUGUACACAGACUAAGUCUCGUGACUUUAAAGCGGAGGUGUGUGUAUGAUACAGUAGUUGCUUAAAAACACGCAUUUUGUGCAAACGACCAAAUAUUUGCCGUUAUCUUAAGGUGAGGAUAGAAGAGAGCUGAUUAGCAGUGCCAGAGUAGUAAAGAGGUCUGAUGCUGAACAUAGGGGCCCAGAAGAAGGAACACAUCUAUAACCUACCUUCACAUAUCAAAACCAACAAAGAUAAGUGGUGUCUUCCUAACAUUUAGUUACUAUCAGACCUGCAUAGACUGUAUGUCUACAAAGUGAUUUUACUUGUUUAACAUGAGUGAAAUGAGAAAUUAAAUGUUUUUUAAUGCAACCUUAAGGUCCAUAUAUUAUUUACAGAUGCCACAAUAUGUGAAUUAUAAUGUUCUAUGUUUUUGAUCCUUGACUUUCUGGCUCCUUUUGAUAGUGAAGUUUAUCUAUGUGGUGCUAAUAACUUGUUUUCCUCCUGAAAAUAAAUUAUACAUUUCGUGCCCAGUGCUUUUAUCUUACACAA